CUUCAGCAGCAUCCAUUCACAUCCAAACUGAACUGUGCUGUUCCUCCUUUGGCAUCCAAGAGAAUAGUGAGCAGCUUUCAUCCUCCUGACUAACUACUCUAGAGUUAUCCUGUGGAUUCUCUGAAGAACAAGUCAAGAUACACCUUGUCACAAUGAAGGCUGCAAUUGUUUUCGUCCUGCUCUUUGCAACGGUCCUCGGUCGCCCGGCGAUACGCUCGCCUGGCAACAGUUCAGAGAGCUCAGAAGAACUGGUGAAACCAGCUCCAGUGCUUGGGAUAGCCCCAGCAGAACUUACUGAGGUGGCCCCUGUACAGAAUGUAGAUACCGCUACAACAUCAGACGAGAGCUCCGACAAAGAUGAAACCGAGGGAGCUGAUCCAACUUCAGACCCAACAUUGGACAGCGCAGACAGCGCAGACAGCGCAGACAGUGCAGACAGCACAGACAGUGCAGACAGCGCAGACAGCGCAGACAGUGAUGACACAGACGAGUCCAGUGAGUCAGAGGAGGCAGACACCACCGCUGUCCCUGCAACAGCUGAGCCCACCGUAGAGCCCACAAUGGCUACCACUGAGGCCCCCAUUUACGAUGACGGACGUGGAGAUAGCAUGGCUUACCCCAGCGACUACAAGAAGUCUAUCAUCUAUGUAGAUACUAACAACAUCGAGAAGGGACCCUCUCCUUACAAAUCCUAUGGAAAGAUGGAUGAGGGCAUGUAUGCUGGCAAAAAGGUGUCCGUCUACGACUCCGGGCUCGGAAACGAGAUUGAGAAGACGAUGACAGUGUUCAAGGCCCUGCAGGUGCAUGAUUUAAUGGAGGAGGACACCAGCACCCCUGACGUGGAGAGCCAGGUUCUGGACGCCUCCAGCGGGAAAGCCGAGGAGUCCAGCAUGCGCAAGGCGCAUGUCGACGCAGCCAGCCAGGACAGGAUCCCCUCUGAGAGCACAGAGAGCCAGAAGGCCAAGAGCCUGGAGAGUGAUGCCACCAGUGAGCGCACCAGUAGCGCUAGCAGCGAUGGUACUAGCAAGAGCACCAGCACCAGCGCCAGUAAUGAGACUGACAGCAGCAACAGUAGUGAGGAAGCUACAACCAGGCCUGGGGCAGCAGACAGCGACUCAGCAGAAAGUAACGAGAGCCAUGACAGUGACAGCGACUCAGCAGAGAGCAACGAGAGCCAUGACAGUGACAGCGACUCGGCUGAGGAGGCAGCCACAGUGGCUACCAUCACUACCGAUGCUCCUGUCGUCAUCACUGCCAAGUAAAGGCCUGUCUCUCUCAUCCUGCUGCUGUCGACAGUGAAGAAUGCUACCAGGACCUGGAAGGUGCUCUAUGACCCUGCCUUGGGAGGAGAGGUCAGAACGGAGAGAAUUACAGAAAACAUAUAAGCACAACUCAGGGCCCUUAGGGUCUGAUACAGUACAACAAUAAUACAUGAGAGGAUUCAUACUAGCUAUCUCAUCAUGACAUAUAGAACAGUCAAUUUUGUUCAAUUGCACAAUUAUUUACACUACAUGUUGUUUGUCCCAUUUUUACUGUAAUAAUGUAUAACGUUGUAUCAGUCCUAAAUACAUGCAUUCUUUUUUUUCAUAAAA